AAAGAGGAGACAUUUCAACCGCAAUCACUAGGGCGGGAUCAUAAGAGCUAGUGGAUGGCUAAAUCCUUUAUCGCAGGUCUUCCUCCGGCCUUCAUUCGCUUCUUUAGUCCAGAGCAUCAUUUUUACCAACAUAUUUCUAUAUUUUUCUUGCACAUUAGGACCCCAUGGCUCUAGACUAUUCAAAGUUCCCAGUCAAAGCUGGUGAAUUGCGUCUAGUGUCACUCGACAGUUGGGCUUCAGAUAUCACCAAAGCAGAAUGGAAGCUAAGAGUAGUAAGCUUGCAUGAUCCAUUGACACGCUACCACGCUCUUUCAUAUAGAUGGGGAGCGCCAAUCAACGAGGAGCCUUUCAAAUCAUAUACAAACGAGCUUGUCGCGCCUAUCAAAAUUGGCAAUGGGGAACUUAAGGUUGCUAUAAACCUGCUGGACUUCCUAGUCCAGGUGAAGGAAGACCAAAGGUUGAAAGAUAAGGAGUUCUGGAUCGACGCGAUAUGCAUAAAUCAGAAUGAUAACGAUGAGAGGAGUUAUCAAGUCAGCAACAUGAUGGCUGAGAUCUACAGAAGAGCAAAUCCUGUCAUUGCAUGGCUUGGGGACUCGGAUGCGCAUACGAAGCGAGCUUUUGAUCACAUGGCUAAGGUAGCUGACCGGAACAUCCUUCCAUCCUUGGGUAUACCAACUAGACGAACAGGUUCUGAGCAUUCUGAUGAAGACGAGGCCUGUUGGGAGGCCAUUGGGAAGAUCUUCGAUCGUACCUACUGGAACAGAUCAUGGAUCAUCCAAGAACUCGUACUCCCGGAGCACGUAACUCUCCGCUGCGGAGCGUACUCAACAGAUUGGGAUGUAUUCGUGAAGGCCUCACAUAACAUAGCAACAAGCCCUUUGAAGCAGUUCUACGAUGGUCGACCCGCCGAGGGAACGUCAUCUUCCACCAGCAGCUUGAAAGCGUCCCGUAACUACGGAGUGCCGGCGAUUCUCGAGGCAACGAAAUCAACUAUGGCCACAGAGCACUGGGCCAAUGUGCUAUUAUACACGCUGAUACGAUCCCGUGACUGCGAGGCUACAGAGCUUGGGGACAAAGCAUACGCUCUGCUGGGUCUUAUCCAAGGUCGUGAAGGUAUUGAACAGUUGCCGCCGUUGCUGUGCCCGACGUAUGGAAAGGAUUGCAGUCCUGGAAAGACGUACCUCGACAUCGCCACUCAACUUCUCACGGACUGUGAGGAUCUGCUCGUCCUUUCUUGCGCAGAGGGUUUUCGCAAUGUUAAGUUAGACGGCGCAGACCUUCCCUCCUGGGUUCCUGACUGGAGUGUCAGACAUCCUCUUGGUCUCAGAGUCACAGGAUAUAAGAGAUAUCAAGCAGAUUCAUUCUUCUUUUCGCCGGAUACGAACUUCUCACGUGAAGAGAAGCUCACCCUUUGGCCUGCUACGUUCGACAAGAGUGAGCUUACUAUGACUAUCCGCGGAAUGCAAGUGGACAAGAUCUCUUUCGUUGCAGAGUCAAAGCGCGAUGUUUUGAAUUGCAAACCUUUUCCAAGACUCUUGGAUAUGUUACUGAGGCUGCCUGAAAAGUAUGGAGUCACUGGCGAAGGUCGAAUGGAGGCUUUCUGGCGAACGGUGACUAAGAAUACUUAUGGAGAGGCCAGACUUCCUCCGCCAAGAGGAUCAUCAAUGGGGCCUAGUUUCACAAAAUGGUUAAAGGAGAGAAUGCAGUCUGUGGUAGUGUCUCCAGAAAACGAAAAUUAUUGGACGAAUCUCAAGGAAGCUUUCAAUAAGUUCUGGCCCCAUGAUGCAGAAUGGCUUGCCACCGCCAAAGGAUGCGAGUCUGUCUCAUCGAUGGAGUUUGGCUCGCAAUUUGCAUAUGGGGAGUACCUUCGACCCUUCAUAACAGAGAAAGGGUACGUCGGACUUGGCUCACAGAAUUUGCAGAAGGGAGAUACAGUCUGGGUGGUGCCACGAUCACGGGUGCUUUUGAUAUUCAGGCGUUUGGGCGAGUUUGAUCCACAAGCGGAUCACCAUUGCCAGUUGAUAGGAGGGGCCUAUCUCCACGGGUUCAUGGAUGGUAGCUGGCGGGGAAAGAAAGCAACGAAAGAUGACACGCAAGCUAUCAUAAUUCACUGAUCAAUGACCCUAACACUAUUUAGUGUAUAUAACGUACAUAACUAUGCAUACUAUGUAAUCGAGCCACAAAUUAAAUACACUGACUAAUUUGAUAGUACGUUCAUCCUCCG